AUGAGAAUUAGAAACCAAACCAGUGCCUCUGACUUCCUGCUCCUGGGCUUCUCUGAACACCCAGAGCAGCAGCCCCUCCUCUUUGGGCUCUUCCUGGCCAUGUACCUCGUCACCCUGGUGGGGAACCUGCUCAUCAUCCUGGCCAUAGCUUCUGACCAGCACCUCCACACCCCCAUGUACUUCUUCCUGGCCAACCUGUCCUUCAUUGACACCUGCUUCUCCUGCACCAUUGUCCCCAAGGUGUUGGUGAACAUCCACACCCAGCACCACACCAUCUCCCAUGCUGGGUGCCUCCUGCAGAUGUAUUGCUUCAUGGCAUUGGCCCUGCUGGAUGGCUUCCUGCUGGCUGUGAUGGCGUAUGACCGCUACGUGGCCAUCUGUCUUCCUCUACACUACAUCACAAUCAUGUGUCCCCAGCGCUGCCUGGGGCUAGUCACUGCAUCCUGGCUCUGCUCCCACCUCCUGGCCUUCUCACUCACUCUCCUGAUGUCUCAGCUCUCCUUCUGUGCCUCCCACUCCAUCCCACACUUCUUCUGUGAUCUUCUCCCACUCCUCAAAUUGGCCUGUUCAGACACCCAUAUCUUUCAGGUCAUGAUGUUCACUGAAGCAGCCCUUUCAGGGGUGAUCCCUCUCACCUGUGUCCUGGUCUCUUAUGCCCACAUCAUCCACACCAUCCUCAGGGUCCCCUCUGCUGGGGGGAAGCACAAAGUCUUCUCUACCUGUGGCUCUCACCUGUCAGUGGUCACUCUCUUCUAUGGGACGCUCUUUCUGGUGUAUUUCCAGCCCUCAUCCUCCUACUCAGCAGACACUGGAAUGGUGGCAUCUGUGGUAUACACAAUGGUGACCCCCAUGCUGAACCCCUUUAUCUACAGCCUGAGGAACAGGGACAUGAAGGGGGCUUUGUGGAGACUCUUGGGCUGGGGAAAAUACUCUACUCAGCAAAGAGUCCUUCCCCAGACUGGAAACUCAGGCCCUCAGGGAGCACACCAAAGGCGAAUGCUGCUUGUUUGA